AUGAAGACUUUCUCCCUUCCCAUGGCCUUCCUGGCCACUGUCGGCGCUGCUCGAGCUCAGCUAAGUGUCAGCGAGUGUGCCAACAUGUGUCUCAGCAACAUGCUCGCCCUGGCUAAUGAUUUGGGAUGCGAUGACGGCGACCUCGAGUGUCUUUGCGAAACCCCCGACUACCGCUACGGUAUUCGUGACUGCACCGCUCAAGCCUGCCCUGGAGACGAUGCGUAUGCUGUUCUCAACGUGGCUCUUCAGCAAUGUCCUGGCGAAUCUGGCGGCGACCUCACCAUUACCCCAGACCCCGAGACCGAGACCACUACAGGUGCCGAGAGUGCUAGCUCGACCAUCAUCACUGGUUCUGACGGCACCACGACUCUGGUUGCAGUCACCACCUCCACUGGCACCACCACCACUGGCACCACUGGUACCACUGGCACCGACGGGGAGACUACGACUUCUGGCUCUGGCGAGACCACUACUCCGGGCGGACCUCUCGGGUCGAGCACUCCUGGUGUUUCUGCCACCGCAACCUCGACUCCUGGACAGUCUACCAGCACCGGUUCGCAUACUCCCAACACCACUACUCUCGCGACUUCAACAUCGACAUCGACUGACUCGAGUUCCACCUCAUCUGGCAACGACUCCGAGAAUGGAUCCUCGACGAGCCCCGGCAGUGGUGAGUCUACCGAUGCUCCCACCGGCGCCGCUCCUCGCAUGGCUAUCGCUACCGGUGCUGCGGGUGCCCUUGGUCUUGCCGCCCUUCUCGUUCUCUAA